AUGAAACAUGUUCUGAAGAUCCAGAAAAGGACCCAAAGCGCGGAAAUUGUUCCUGGGUUUGGAGAUAGACGGUUUACGGUCAUUUCACUUGAACCCGAGAAUGAGAAAGAUGUCGAGAAGAUAUGGACGGUUUUAGAGCCAUUUUAUGAAACUGCUCUCGCUCAGCGUCGAGUAUGGCUCACACAACUCUUUGGAGUGGGUCGGUCAAUGACACCAACACUGAUAUACCACGAUGAGGUCGUCAAUGGGCAGACUAUCAUGGACCAAUACAAGAGUACACCGAUUGUAUCGACCUACCUGCUCUGCAGAUUUCUCAAUUCAUUUAGCGACGUGCAGGAUGAUGGGACUAUGCGAAAGUUGACAAUUCCGCUUUCGACCGGAUUUCGCGACUGGACGUUCAAUCUGAGGACUGGUUCAUUCCAGUAUGAUGUCAUAAACACGGCACUCUCUGGCGGUUCUCCAGGCAGCUACCUAGAUCGACCUCGCCCACUUCCACCCGAUUGUAAUCCACCGCUUGCUUCCAACGAGAUCCUCCGCGCUGUUCCAGACUUCUUGCGGAUUGUGUCAACAUUUACAGGAAUGAGCGGACAGAAUUUCCGCCUCCUAACCUUUGGUACUGUUAUUGAUGUCACAAAACCCGGAAUCCUCGCAUACUUUCCUUACAUCUCGUCCCCUGUAUGGUCCUGUCGAUCUGUAUUCAAUACUCCCGACAUCCUUGCCAAGUAUUCGAAAUCAGUCCCUUCGCUAGUUGAUCUCACUUUCGUGAAGAAUAAGAAUAAAUGGGAAUUGGCUAUUCAGUUUUCAUUACGACUACCGGAGGAGCGACUCCAGGCUGCCUUCCUCGCGCAGUCAUUUCCCUUUUACAAAGAUCAUGCCAAGCAUUUGGUCUUUGUUGAUGGCCUUGACUUUUCACUCACUGGGACCUUCACCUCUGACCCGUCAAGUUGCGAUCCACCCAAAUACCUGCAUGUACCGCCUCUUUCCCCCAAAUGGAUCAACAAUAUACCCUGCCUUCGCUUCCAGUCAUCAAAAACCCGAUUGUUUUACUGGUCCCUUGACCGUAGUGGGAGGAUGGAGAUUGCAGAAGAGGACUGGAAGAAGUAUGGAGUUCCAAACCUGAAAGUAUGGUCAUUUUAUGGGUCAAGAUGGGAAGAACGGGACUACAAGGCAGUGCAGGAGUAUCUUCAUCUUAAGAAGUAUGACUUGGGUGGUCAACAGUUUGCCAAUGAUCAUGGGUAUCCAAUUCUAGUCAAAGGUGACCCUCACAUCCAACCGAAAUCCAAAACCCAAGCAGUGGUAUCACGCCUAGGAGAGAAGGCGGCGGCGCCCAACAUGUGCAAGCCAAUUAAAGACUCAUUCGGAAAGAAAUGGAAGGGUAAACAGUUGAAAGCGGACGAAUCAAAUUCGCAGAUCAAUGUCCAAGCGGGUCGCAUCGGACAAGCAUCCAUAGUUGAGGAUUCGGAUUAA